GACGCGUCUGGUCACUGAGCUGCUGGUGCGCACCCGAGAUGCAACAGGACGCAGCGCGCUUCUCCACUGCCUCCUGCGCACACCGCGGCGCGUAAGCUCGUGCCCACAUGAACCCUCGAGUCUCCAGCUCCUCCGGCAUGCAAUGGAUUAACCGGAGAGAUAUGACUGUCCGCAUGGAGGACAGCAUCACCUUGUGCCACCGGGCUCUCCAAAUCGUGACGGAACUUUGCCGGACUGGACACGUUGACCGGGAGAAAUGUUCGGAUAUAUUCCCGCUGGACAGCAACAUACCAGGUAAAGGAUACGCAGACCUCUCUAUCAGUCUCCUUGCUGUGGUGGUGGGUUUCUGUGGCCUCGCCCUGUUGGCAGUAUCUCUUUUUGUCUUUUGGAAGCUCUGCUGGCCCUUUUGGAGGAGCAAGGCGUUGUCUAUACACACUGCAAAUGGCCUUCAUGUUGGUUUCCCUGAGGCCCCAGCACCCAACAGCCCCACUGUCACCCAGUGCAAAGAGGCAGAGCUGGAAAAGAAGCACCCGGCGGAGGUCAGGAUGAACGGACGGAGCUCAGUCAAGCUCCUGGAGGCGGCGAUGAAGAUCAGCCAGACGUCGCCGGACAUCCCCGCGGAGGUGCAGACAGCUCUGAGGGAGAAGCUCAGUCAACAGGCUAAGAUCCAGAGACAGACCACAGAGCCAACGUCCUCCUCCAGGCACAAUUCAUUCCGGCGCCACCUUCCUCGACAGGUGAAUGUCACCAGCUUCGACUUCAGCAUGGACAAGGUACCACUCCGCCAGUCUUCAACUGCGAGCAUCGGGAGAAUAAAGCCAGAACUUUACAAGCAAAAGUCAGUGGACUCUGAGGAUGAGUCCAAAGAGCCAGUGGAGACUUGCGGAAAGCUCAGUUUCUCCCUGCGGUACGACUAUGAAGAGCAGGCGCUGGUGGUGAAAAUCCUGAAGGCCUUAGAUCUGCCUGCGAAAGACUUUACUGGCACCUCCGACCCAUAUGUGAAGAUCUAUCUGCUCCCUGAGAGGAAGAAGAAGUUCCAGACCAGAGUCCACCGCAAGAACCUGAACCCCACUUUCGAUGAGAGCUUCUGUUUCCCCGUGACCUACGACGAGCUUUGCAACCGCAAGCUGCACUUCAGCGUGUACGACUUCGACCGCUUCACUAGCCACGACAUGAUUGGGGAGGUGGUUGUGGACAACCUUUUUGAACUUUCGGAUCUGUCCAGGGAGGCUGUGGUGUGGAAGGAUAUUCAUGCAGCAACAACGGAGAGUGUUGACCUGGGAGAGAUCAUGUACUCGCUGUGCUACCUCCCCACGGCGGGAAGAAUGACCCUCACAGUCAUCAAAUGCAGGAACCUCAAAGCCAUGGACAUCACAGGCUCUUCAGACCCUUAUGUGAAGGUUCACUUGAUUUGUGACGGACGAAGGUUAAAGAAGCGAAAAACCACCACCAAAAAAAGCACACUUAAUCCCGUCUACAACGAGGCCAUCAUCUUCGACAUUCCUCCGGAAAACGUGGAACAAGUCAGCCUCUCUAUCUUAGUGAUGGAUUACGAUCGAGUUGGACACAAUGAGGUGAUCGGUGUGUGUCGCACUGGCCCGGACGCCCAGGGUUUGGGGAGAGAUCACUGGAACGAGAUGCUGGCCUACCCACGAAAACCCAUCACCCACUGGCAUGCUCUCGGAGAGUGGCCUGGGAGAGGCGCCAGCUUUGAGAGCCAAGGGUCGUGUCCGUCCCCCAAACAUCCAAAGACGCCCUGAAAUGAAGGACGUGAAGUCUCUUGUGAGCAUGAUAUGUAGAAAGUACAUUCUAUCCAACACAUUUUGUAUGUUUACCUACAAGUGUUGUAAAAAAAAAUUGUGUUGUAAUGAUGUUCCUAAAUAGAAUUGCCUAUGCACUCUAGUCGCUGCCCUGUAGUUCAGCUUUUGUUCCCUCAUGUCCACACUCUCUCACCGAGGGAGCUUGUCAGUCAAUGCUCAUCAACCUUUUCAAUAUUGCAACCACCAUUUAAUAAGUUACCUUCUGUGAAAUGUCAGGGUGUGAAAGGGCUACGCGGCUCUUGGCACAGUUCUCCAACAGGCUACGGUCCAGGAAGAGUACAACGGUGCAGUCACAUGUACAGCUGAUGUAGCAAACAAAGCUGAGGAAUGCUUAGAAAAUAGACAUUUCAUGUGAAAUAGCAGACAAAGGAUUCGAUUCCUGAUUCCAUGCUGGUCGUGAAAAUACAGAAGAACAAAAUGAUGCCAUAUUUUCCCAGAAAAAAAAGGUAUUCUGCUCUCCAUCUAUGCAUUUACCACAUCACAAUUGAUUCAGAUGUUUAUCUUGACCCCCCUGUCAGGUGAGGCUGUAGCCUAGCAACCGCUCCUAUGCACAUUGGUGUCCCUGCUAAUUGAAGAUGUGGCAUCCCUCCUUUCUAUAAUGAAAGACGCGUGUAUAAAAGCAAAAGGAAGAACCUCAAACAUUUGACAAAUAGGAGUUGGGGGGAGGGAAAUAGGAGAGACAUUCUGUUCUGCGUCUUGAUCCGAUAUCAAUUGGAUGUCAGAAAACACUCAGAAUUGAUGUGAAAAGAGGGCCUCCAUGAAUCGCUCCUUGUUUUCUCAUCUAAGUUACAAGUUGUCUUUGCAUCUGUUAAACGUGUUCUUCUGUCAGAUUCACCAUCUGAUCUUCUUGGAAGGAAGAAAGCUCUUUUGUGAGAGAGAGAACGUCUCGAUUGACUUGCAAGGUUGAGAAAUGUUCCACGUUCUUCUAUAGUUCAUAAGUGUGUUCUAGAGCAAAAAUUGUGCUUUUACUUAAGUUCUAAAACAUGAUCAACAAUAUUUUAGUCGGUCAAAUAUGAAUGAACUGAAGAGGGAGUUCCUGAGGAACCUCCAGCUUUUCACACUACCAACAGCUUCCAGUUCAGUAUCAGAGCCAGGACCAUGUUGUUGGACUGGAAUUGUUUUCAAUCAGAGUGUAGUUGCAAAGGAGAUUCAUUGUCUCAAUUGCAAAAUGAAGACAUCAGAUGUGAUGUCAGGACCUAGAUUAUGAAACCGCGGUCACCCUGGGUGCCGGCUAAUAAACCGAUAGCACUCGCACACACACACACACAAUGAGCUUUCUCAUUGCCAUAAUGCUUUCCCCAGCCUCGCCUGACCAUCCAAAACUUAAGGCUGACCUUAACCAGGACUGUGAACCGAACUUGAUAACAAUGACCUAGGAUAAACAAGUGCACACAUACACACAAAGAAAACAUGAUCGCAAAAAUGCUGUACAGUUUGCAUCAAUAAGUGGGGUCUGGCUACCAGCACACGUUUAUCACUCAACACUCUAUCACUCUUUUCAGAAGCACGUAGGUGAUGAUUUACAGCAGUGACUGAUGUUUGCCUUCAAUAACUAACAUAGCAACUAUUCAAAACGGCUGUGUACUGUUAUAUUACUUUGCACAAGCAUAUAAUAAUGCGUCAAUCCCUGUGUGAUGCCAUUAAUGUUGAAAAAAAAAAAGGCUAUUUUGAAUUGUAGCAUGCUUCUGACUCACUGCGGAAACUGUCAGUCAUGAAUAUGCGUUUGAAUUUUCAAACAUUGUGUUUACACCUGUACAUAUUACCAAGUGGAAAAUGACGUCAUGAAAACAAAGACAAUGUGUUUCUAUUGUUUGGUGACGCGUGUCUAUGGAUCCAGUUGUGUAAUACUUGUGGACAACUGGUGGAGCCAGUGAAAACAACUGUAUGACGUUUCACAUUUUGGCAGAUUCUCUUGUCGAACCGCAUCUGUCAUGAUGUGUACAGUUUGUGAUAACUUUUGUAACAUUGAAAGUCAAUAUUUGGAAUAUAGUUAAUUGUAUCCGUUUCCUAUGUAGUUUGAAAAAAAUAAAAUGUUUACAGAAUUGUUUUCAUGGGUGUCACUUCAUUGGCGUCCAAGUGAGGUCAAGACGAAAGGCA